CAGCCGGGUGUACACCAGCCAAGUAGCCAUGUCCGCGACCCGCACAGGAUUACCAUAAAAUCCUCUCAGACAAGCCAGGAGUCUUUACAAUAUGUGGCGGCAAUUUCGUUCUGCUCUACGGCACAUAAGGGGUUACCAGCGGGAGGAGCGAAGGAAGAGGUUUGGUUUUAUGAGGAGAGGUUGGCUUCUGUCAUUGACACCUCAUGUGGAGUCCCUGACAUCGCUCCAGCUUCUGUGACACGGUGCCAUUUACCGCACCGCACGACUGACAACACUGAGGCUUGUGCGCUUCUUCGGCGGGAAAAUGCAGAGCAUACUGCGGCAAGGCUGCCGGCUGCUCCCGGGAGUGACUGUGAGCUUCCGGGCCAGUGGCUCAUGUACCUCUGCUGCUGGACACUGGGCGCCCCCUAGUGGAUUUGAUACAGGAAUACAAGUGCACAACAGCCUGACUAGAAGGAAGGAAGCGCUCACGCUGCACAGACCGGCGCUAGCAACAUGGUAUAGCUGUGGGCCAACUGUUUAUGAUCACGCACAUCUUGGACAUGCAUGUUCCUAUGUUCGAUUUGACAUAAUUCGAAGAAUUAUGACUCAUUAUUUUGGAAUUGAUGUUGUCAUGGUGAUGGUCAUAACCGAUAUUGAUGACAAGAUAAUCAAGAGGGCCAAUGAGCUUAACUUGUCUCCAGUGUCCCUGGCUCGUACAUAUGAACAGGAGUUUAAACAGGAUAUGAUGGCUUUGAAGGUUCUCCCCCCUACGAUAUAUAUGCGAGUUACUGAACACAUUCCACAGAUCCUAUCCUUUAUCCAGCAGAUCAUUUCUAAUGGACAUGCUUACGCCACCUCACAUGGAAAUGUGUAUUUUGAUGUCCUGUCAAUGGGCAACAGAUAUGGAAAGUUUAUCGGUUCUUUUUCACAUAUGGAUACAGAGUCAGUUGUAAGUGACAAGAGGUCCCCCAGAGACUUUGCGUUAUGGAAGACCGCUAAACCUGAUGAGCCCUGUUGGGUCUCUCCAUGGGGUAAAGGAAGGCCUGGCUGGCAUAUUGAGUGCUCCACAAUCGCAAGUACUGUGUUUGGAGAACAGCUUGACAUUCAUACAGGUGGUAUUGAUCUGGCAUUCCCUCAUCAUGAAAAUGAAAUUGCUCAGUGUGAGGCCUAUCACCAGUGUGAUCAGUGGGGGAACUAUUUUCUGCAUUCAGGUCAUUUACAUCUCAAAGGAAAAGAAGAAAAAAUGUCAAAGUCUUUGAAAAACUACAUUACAGUGAAGGAAUUUUUGCAGUCUUUCUCUUCUGAUGAGUUCCGGAUGUUUUGUCUACGCUCUAAGUAUAAAUCAGCUGUGGAAUACAGUAAGGAUUCCAUGAAUGAAGCCACGAGCACCCUGAAAAUAAUCUCCUCUUUCCUUAACGAUGCCAAUGCCUAUCUGAAAGGUCAGCUCAUUUGUGAACCUGUACAGGAGGAUAUACUUUGGCAAAGACUGAAUGAAACCAGAAUGAAUGUUAAAGCAGCGCUUGCAGAUGACUUUGACACUCUACGAGCUGUCGAUGCCGUUAUGGACCUCAUUCACCAUGGCAACCGACAGCUUAAGACCGUUUCCAAGGGUGUGCCUCAGGCCCGUAGCCCUCUGGUUUAUGGUGCCAUGGUGUCUUACGUGGAGCAGUUUUUAGAUAUUCUGGGAAUAUCUCUGCAGGAGGAGCAGGUUUCAGUAGACGGCAAACAAUCUGCUCUUCUAUUGAAUGUGGUGGAUGAAAUUGUAGACUUCAGAAGCAAAGUUCGUAAUUUCGCUCUAGCAAGUGAGGUGACUGUGCAAGACUUGCAGAAUUCCGAAGAGGAAAGGGUGCUGCAGAAGGCGAGGCGGAAGCAGAUGAUUAAAGACAGGGAACCUCUGAUGAGGGCCUGUGAUGGAGUGCGCCUGAAUUUAGCUGGGUACGGAAUUAAUAUUAAGGACAGAGGGACUGUUUCUACAUGGGAACUGCAGAACAGCAAGGGAAAUCAGGAACAAUGAGAUUAUUUAUUACAUCCUGCCAUUAUUCCACAUUAAAGUGAUAUAUUUUUUAA